CUGACAUACUGGAAAAAAUUAGAUACUAUUUCAAUCUACUUGUCAGUAAGAGAAGCAGUAUCUUGUUCUUACUUGAGGUAAGGUUGUAUUUUUGGCCUUUUUAGUCUUUUAAGCCUUUUAUAUGUGCGUCAUAAUAGUCAAGUGUUAAGUUUGGCUGUAAUUAGUGUUAGUUUUUUUAAAAGUCCUUUGCGCGGAUUCCCCUGAAAUUAAUGAAGUUAAUGUGACGGGAGCUUCCUCGAUAAUUAUUACUUUUUUUUAUUAGCGGUCUGUAUAAAGAUGAGCCAUUAUUUUGUCUUGAGCGGCCUAAAGUAACCUUAUUCACAAAAUCAGUUGUUAUAAACUCACACCGCAAAAAUUUCACCCUCAAAGUCUUAACCUACAGAUUCUGUGAGACAAUCGUGAUCGACAAAGAAGACAAUGACGGUGCAAACAGUUCAACUGAGGCUUCUCAACGUGCUUGAAAUGAUGGGAUGGCAUGGCAUGUACCUUCUGUUUCUGAUAGUCGCAUUCAAGCUUUUCCUUCCGGAGCAAGAUGAUUUUUUGUGUCCCUGCACUUGGUUUGUGGCUUAUGGCGCGAUCAUGUUGCUUCUUCCUUCUCUUACAUCCUACACGAUCGCGGUGUUUGCUUACUUUCGACAAGAAGAUGACAGCGGUCCUUGGGAAGUUUUGAAAUCACUUUAUGUAUUUAAAUUCGCCUGCAAUUUUCACAACAACCGAAGCGAGUGGGAUUUUCACGUCAAGCGUUGUAUUCGUUGCAAGCUGGUGGAACGCGACUGGCCUCUGGUAAAGAUUGCUGUAUCAGCAAUUCUGUCUUUAUUAUAUCCAUUAGCCUGGCUUUCCCUAAGUUUUCUCCAAUCAUCUUACUACGUAUGCACUCAAGUUGGGCCAACGAAUGAAACUUUGCAAAAUUACUGCAAGGUGGAGUCUACGAACAUGACGAAGACAAAUUAUACAAAGGCUUACGGUUUAGCGGUUAUUCGUUCUAAGGCCUUGGGAAGUAUUCUUUUUACCAGUACGCUCUUCUUGCUGGGAGUAUUUGCGAUAAUAUACGGGGAAAUGAAAAGUUACUUAAUCAAAAGGUAUGACUGGACCCCAAGAGGAAGUCGCCUUGCAAAAAAACAAGUUAAUGUGCGUAUUAUACCGAGUUAUUCUCCUGGCACUUUAAGAGCAGCAAAGUCUGAAAUAUCUAGGGAUAUAACUGUCGCAAGAAAGGACGAAACUGCUGGCAUUGAGAGACAGGUAGGUUUAUCCAGGGGCAUGCCCAAAGGACGAGGGAGCUCUGGGGACUCCAGGAGCCUCCCCCACCCUUCCCGGCGCAUGCCCUCUUUUCCAACUGUUAUAAUAUUUUGGGUUUAUCAUGGACUACAACUUUAUUUACUCGUUUAAACGACGCGGAUGGAAGCAAAUUAUCAAUAAACACCUCAACCAAUCAGAAGAAUGCGGUUUUUUUCGAGGAUAGUAUUAAGAGAAACAAAUAAAAAAUAAAUAAAUAAAUAAAUAAAUAAAUAAAAAACAAGUACAGUACAACUCGUGGUGAACUUGGUAAUCUACGCAAUCCAGACGAUAGAGUUUAUCUCAGCAAAAAAGCGAGGUAUUGGAACUUAAUGUUAUUUGCAGAUGCUUUAGCGUAGGGGUUGUCUGUGAUUUACGAAAUUUGAUUUUGAAAUGAAUCUAACCCUUGUACAAACGCCGCGGCGUUUAACUGAGUAAAUACGGGAAGUCUGAUAGGCGAGAGUCUACUGAAAUCAAAUACUUUUCAAUGACCUUAAAAGGAUUCAAGGACUUUUUAAGACGGCUACUAAAAUUCAAGACCUUUUCAAGAUUAUACAACCAUGGAUGAACAUUCACUAAAAAUUCUAUUUUUCUCGCUAGUUAGUAAUCUCAUGCGAUGUACAGCGUUUAAUCCGGUCAUGAUAAGUUCGACUGAUGCAACUAAACAAUCUGUUAAUGUGGGCCUUUAAUACAUUAUCUUACUAAGUUGAAAUCUUUUGAGAUUAUUUCCACAUUGGAGUGCUGUUUGAGUGCUGCUCAGUUAUGAGCGUUGUUGAUAUUUGAACUUUGUAUUACGUCAUACGAUUUCAAAUUGUUUUCUUUUUCUUUCAUGUCUAAUUUUAGUUUCAGUUUCCUUUUCAACUGCAAGCAGGAAAUGCGAGCAAAGUUAUCAAAAUAAAUGUAAACAGUACAUUUACUGAAACCCUACAGAGAUAUGUCAAUAGUGGUGGCAUUUGGGAACGGAUUGAAGUCCAUUGCUGUCAACAGGAAGAAGUAACAAACUGUCGAGGAUCUUUAAGUUCAUUCAGUUUACCAUCUCGUGCAAGCCGGACAGCUGGACCAAAAGGUUAUCAAUCGUUUGACCAACUGAUUAAAUGAAAGCCAGCAUUUUUCAGAUAAUAAUAUAUAACAGAUUUAGCCAUGGCUAAAAGCGGAGCUUCCAUUAAUAAGUUUAUAAUUUAAAUCAAACAAUAAACUUGUAAUCCACUAAUCAGUUAACUUAAGGGCCAGUCUGCAGAGUAUGGCAGAAUUCGACGAAAUCUCGUGCGUGCAGAGCUGAUUUUAGCCGCGUGCAGCGCGUGCAAUUCGAUUUGCGCUACCAGAAUAAGGGGGAAUGCCCAUAGAGAGGCUAAGUAUCAGAAGGAUGCGAGUUUUAGGCGCAUUUCCAGCUGUUUUAGAUGACCUAAAUUUCAAAUUUUCCCGGGGGAGCAUGCCUCCCGACCCCCUGGUAUGUUCAUGCUUCACCGUUCAGUUCCCCCUAAAGAAGGGCCGUAAACAAGAUUAAUGACAAAUUGCCAGUCCAUUCAUUCGUACAUAACCUCUCCAUACUGAUGGGAAAGAAAAAAUAUAAGCUAGGGAUGUGGAAAUGGUGUGGGACAACUGAGAGUUUAGGAUAGGUUUGGCAAAAAAUAUCAUGGCUACGCCCCUCUGAGUCAGGUGCCAAUCUCUCAGGCCCAACGCUGCCGCGUGCAAUGCUACGAUUUUGGUGUGCGCAAUAAGCUUUUUUAAAACUGAAGGCUCGUGCGUGCAGUUGCCAUACAUGCAUACUGGCUUAAGGGCACAUUCAUGUGACUUUGAGGGAAAGGCUGAGUGACUUUAGAGUGAAACAUCUUACAUCGAGUUUAUAGCAUUAUAUGUACACUUAAAAAAAUAGCAAUCCGCUUCGAUCACUUUCAAGAGCCUUAAUGGCUCUUGAUCACUGUAGCUUGAGAUUAGGCCUGGAAAACAAAUUCUUGGAAAACAAAUCAGGCCGAAUUUUUUGCGUUCGACAAGUUUACUUUACAAAAUCUUGCCAUCAAAUCUGGGGGUGUACAAAACCAAUCUUUUAUACUUUUUAUACAUCACCUCUGAGGUGAAACAGUACUAUAGUAUUUAUCAUACGGACCUCGCACAGAAUGCAGUAUUUCACAAUUUUUCAAGACAAAUUGCAGUCAGUCAAUAUUCAGGGCGAUCAAUCGAUAGUUUUCAUCUAGAAUAUCUCAGUCUUACUCAAGAAAUUGAAAAUUGCUUCGUGCUCAAAAAAAUUUAUUCAUUAUUAUCUAAAAUAAGUCAAUCUAAAGCUACUGGCCUAGAUCUGAUCUCUGUGAGACUGCUUCGUGAAUGUGUAGACUUGAUUGCACCUUCUUUUUCGGUUGCAUCCUUAAUCGUUGUAUUGUCUCUGGAGUUUUUCCUGAUGAUUGGAAAUGUUCCAAAGUUAUUCUUCUUUUCAAACAAGGCAAACGCGAUGACUUGAAUAACGAUCGUCCAAUCUCAAUCAUUCCUAUAGUGGUGAAAGUGAUGCAAAUUAUAGCUUACGAUCAGAUCUUCACACAUUUAAUUGUUAAUAAUUUACUUUCUAGCCACCGGUUAGGGUUUCGUCAGCUUCACUCGACUGUCACUGCACUACUCGAGGCUAUCAACAAUUGGGCUCUUAAUAUCGACAAGGGUGGAGUUAAUGCUGUAAUAAUACGUGUUCUCGUUCACUUUUUUUUCACUGCCGCUCAUUUUCACCUUGCAUUUGAUUGGUAGCAGCUUACAUUUCCCAUUUUGUCACCGCCACUACAAAAUUUCCAUGUUGUUCUUCCAACAAGAAAAAUGUCUCCUGUUUUUUACCUGUCGUUCUAUAGAUCUCUGUCGCCCUUUUUGUCUUUGCGCUUCGCUGGCCUACCACCUACUUUCUCGAUUUCUCCGUCUCUCUCUUGCUUUAUAUUCCAAAUUUGUGGACAUGACAAUUAAUCUAAGCUCAAUACCUUAGGCAACACUAAUCCAGAAAUAAUUUCCGCUUUCAGUUUUCGUCUUUAUUGACUCUUUAGCUGUCUCUGCUUUACUAGACGCCGGUGGCUAUGCUAUAUCUCGCCAAAAUAACCUAGAGUUGCAUUUGGGUUGCCAUACCUGUUGAUUAAGUUAUUUUACAUUGGUUUGCCUGUGGUGCGGACGGGUGGUCGGGCGGGCGGGCGUACGGUCACGUGAUUAUCAAGUUUUUUCGGAUGGUUAGAUUACUGCAUUUUUUACCCAUGGUGCUCUGCUGCGCGAGCUUCGCGCGCAAGAGCUCCGCUAUAAUUCAGAGACAUUCAAAUUUCGGCUCCACUACCCAGUACAAAAUGAAUAGAAAAACCUUUAGGUUUAUUUUGGCUGUUUCGGCCGAGCACUGCAGAUAUAACAAUACGUUAUACAACAUCUUCUAUUACAUUCAAAUAUGUGGUGAAAAACUAGAACAGAGCUGAGCGACAGUUUACUCAGAAUAGUGUCAGAACAGAGGCCAGAAAAAAACCUGCCGGAAAAAAACCUCAGUAGGAUCUAUGGCUCAUGCUCUGAAAAGCCCAUCUUACGACGGCUAUACGGCUGGAAGGUCUUUGCCUUUAUUAACAAAACAAGUAUUCCAACAAAGGACGGCAAACUCUAAAUAAUUUAAGGAAACGCAAACAAGCUAAGAAACCCUUGCGAAACUCGAACUGUCACUAGUAAAUCAAAUAUAUACCAAAAAAAAUACAUAAAAAAUAACGUGAGCUAGCCUAGAAUGCUUUCUCACGUGAUAAGCAUCCAUUUUAUAGCGCUCCAUUUUACCGAUACUGCACUUCAACUGCCGCAGAAGUAUUUCAUUUCCGGCUAAUUUGUAUCCAGUCAAACGCCGUAAAUUCCAUUUUUCAUUCCCUUUGGGCCUCAGUUUGGUCCAAAAAUAAGGGGUGGGUGGGCCCCUCCCCUGGAUCCGCCACUGUAUAAAUAGGAAUAUUUUCGCAUUCAAGUGAUUUCGUAAGGUCCGUUUGGCUGAAAGCUUGGUGCUUAUAACUAAGAGAUAUAUUCUUUGCAUUUCUGUUACUUUCUGUACACUUUAACGAUAAACUUUUAAAAUAGACCCCUAGGCCUUUCUAUAUGUAGUUUACUAAAAAUAUUAUCUCAAUUAAGUGAUUUUGUAAGUUCCAUAUGGCCAGAGACGCCAUCUUCAAACGUCGGUCAAAAAGGGACUGGAACCGAAAAAAUGCUCGCGGGCGCCUUAGGGUGCUCAAUCCCACCACCCCUACCCCCUGCUUCCCUGCGCAACUUUUUGUUUACUAUGCAAAGCAGUUGUCUUUCCUUUCUGAAUAAUUCAGGUUACGGAAAUUAACCAGUCCAACUAGGAAAAGGGAGAAAAUUUUUCAGUCGGCCAAAGAUGUGUCGGCCUGUGGUCGACAUACACCGAAGCAUCCCGCCGCACCCGAGCAAACCUCUCAACAAGAAUGUCAAGAAUCCGGAUCCAAGUUUAUGACAAGUCAGAAAAAUGAAAUAAUAAAAGAUCUUCUUGUCACUUGUCGGUUAUAGAAGAUGGCCCCAUGUGACAGGAAGUGGACCUGCCCCUAUGUGACCAUUGGUUUAUUGUCACGUGUCUUUAGGAAGGACUGAACAAGACUGUCUGAGACAUCGACAAAAAUACUCUGGUUUGUUCCCCGUUAAUCCUAACACGGGAGUGGAUUACUUCUAAAAAUCACGAAUUCAAGUAGCCGAAAUAACUGGUAAGCUCCUCUGUAAGUUACUUAAGGAGUUUGAAAUCAUUUGUCAUUUUGUGCUUUGGCUCUGUUCAAGUGUCAUAUGCAAUAUAUCAAAGGAUAUUGAAUCCAGAAAUUAGUCAUUUGAAUAAGGAGUCAAAAUAGCAAAGGGGAGUUUUGGUUUUUUACAGCAAAUUAAGUUAGCUCUGUUGUUGUAAAUGGGAACAUGUUCCUUUGGCAUGCAGUAAUUGAAAUCGAAAUAUUACUUCAGUUUCACGUCGUGACGCACGUCGACUGGUAAAUCGCGUGACUGUGUUGCGUGCACGUCAUGUGAUAAGGAUUUGCAAGAGUCUGCGCUGCUUACGAUGUCACGCGAAAGUUGCGAUCGGGCGGGUUUUUGUUAUUUGGGUCUUGACAGAAUAAAUUUUAUAGUGAUUUUACUUACAGUUGUGUUUGGAUGGCUGUCAAUUUUGUUCGUUUUUUUCCUCUUUAGUAAUUUCUUUUUUCCUUUACUUCUUUGCUACUCAUUUUCCCUUUUUUUGUUUUUGUUUUUCCAUUUCGAAUAUAGUAUGUUUUCAGUACAGCGUCUUCGCUUCUGUUAAUCACUGCGUUACUCGUUUAUUUAUAUGGAUUAAAAGCCCCUACAUAGUACUUGAACAACUUUUUUCUUUAUUGCAUCAAACAUUUUUCGAGAGGUGAAAGUGGCGUUCACUUCACCAUUCUAAGAAAAAGAUCACAAAACUCACAGUUUUCUGACUCGCUUACCACAUUGUCACCACUGGCUUGUUUCGAUUACCAUUUUUAUAAAUUUUACUUGUUUUUUGAAACGUUCUUUUUGUAGUUUAAAGAGUACAGAAAUGGCCCGAUCAACAGUCAAACUGGCCUUCUCAACCUUGCUAGGCAUUCUGGGUUGGCACGGUGUAUUUUUGCUGUUUCUAAUAAUCGCACUCAAGCUUUUCCUUUGGGAGCCUUAUCAGGAAUCCAACAGUUCAUGUCCUUGUACCUGGAAUGUGGCUUAUGGUACCAUUAUGUUCCUAUUUCCUUCUCUCACCUCCUACACAAUGGCAGUCUUUGCUUACUUUCGACAAGAUAGUAACAGCGCUCCUUGGAUGGUUUUGAAGAAAUUCUACGUUAUCAAAUACUCCUGUCCUUAUUACGAUGAGCGAACUGAGUGGGAUUUUCACGCUGAUCACUGCAUUAAAUGCCGACAGCUGAGGCGCGAUUGGUCUUUGGUGAAGAUCGCUGUGUCAGCAGUUUUUUCUCUUCUCUAUCCAUUGGUCUGGCUUUCACUAAGCUUUCUUCAAACAGCUUACUACGUUUGCGCUCAUGUUGGUCCACGAAGCGACAUCCUACAAAAUGUUUGCGAUGUGACCAUCCUACAGCCAGACGACUAUAACAUGGCCUACGGUUUGGCGGCGAUUCGUUCGAAGACCAUUGGUAGCAUUCUCUUUGUGUGCACACUAUUUUUCGUAGGGGUUUUCGUGAUACUCUAUGGUGAAAUGAAAAGUUAUUUGUCCAAAAAGUUUGACUGGGACCCAAGUGGAAAAGGUGCAUCGAACAAUCUACAAGUUCAGGUUUCCAUUCAACCGGGCCCUACAUCCGGGUCUGCUGAAACGGCUAGUCUCCAUAGCAACAGGGAUACACCUGUUGCAAUGGACUCCGCAGCUGCAGAGAACGGAAGGCCGGUACGUAUAUCACGUGGAUUUAAAUUGAUUACUAGGAGCAGAAAUAAAAUAUUACGACGAGUAAUACCUUUCCAAGGAAGGAUUAUUCUCUCUUGGUCGUCCACUUUUAUGAAGUGAAAAAAUGUUCCUACAUGCCAUAGUUUUGUCGAUAUUGCAAAAAUGUACAAAAUAUACAACCAAGCAAACAAAUUAGCACCUAAAUUGAAUAGCCUAAAAAUUACUAACACUAUUUCUCAUUGUCAUUUUAGUCUCCGCAAGCAGUUAACUGCGGCAACCGAGCGAUAACUAUCAAUUUGAGCAAUGUGUUUGCUGAAACACUUCAAGGCUGUCUUCAAGACGGCGCAUGGCAAGGAAUCGACAUAUGCUGUACGCAACAGGAAGAGAGCGGAAGCCGACAUGGAUCUUACACACCGUUCCGCCAGCUUCCUCGCUCUGCACGGAUACAGCAGCAACAAGCGGGACAACCUGGUUAUGAAUCAUUACCCUCUGUGACGUAGAAAAGCUAAAACAAUAAUAAACGCUAUAAGAACAGAAUCAAUGAAAAGAGGGAAAGAUAUUUUUUUGUUUUUUGUUGUUAAGUUGUAAUCUUUUAAUAAAGCAGUACGUUUUUUGUAAUAUUAAAAGCUUAAACCGGAGACUUAACACCAGAGAAGGAGCAGUUAAUCAAAGCAACGCUAACUCACAGAACUUGUGGCUAGUUGUUAGGUUUCUACUCCUGUUCUUGUUUAAAAGGG